AUGGAUCAAGAUAAGGAGUUUAAGUCUGAACUUGAUAAGAAGCUCGGUACAAUCGCGUCUUACUUUGAAAAAGACUACGUGAUAUGGUUGUCUGGAGGAAAACAGAGUGAAUCUUCCUCUAAGCAUGGAAACAUGUCCACAAAUGGUGAUUCAUCAACAACUCGGAACAGCAGCAAUAAAGAAAGGCGGCCUAAGACGAACCGCGUCGAGACAAAAUCAGAGCUUCCGGAUCAUCUAGCCAUUCGAGGUUUUAUAAACGAGGAGUUGUUCUUGAAGAACUUCUUGCUGAAGCGAAAGGAAUCCCAACAGUUCAAGACUCUAGCGAUUGUGGGGAAAUUCGGAGUUGGGAAAACGACAUUGUGUCAAUCUGUGUUUAAAGACGAAGACGUGAAGCGAGCUUAUCUACCGAGGAUAUGGGUGUCUAUGUACAGCGAAGAAACAAAAGAAGAUGAAGAUCCAAAGAUAGCUGUGGUGAAGAGAAUCUUGAGAUCGCUUGGAGUCGAAGAUGAGAUGUUGGAACACAUCAAAACGGACGCAAAAGAAGAUAAUAGUGGCAAAGUUGAAGCAGGGGAAGAGACGGAUGAAGAGAAGCAGCUCUCUGGAUUAUUGCAUGCUCUUAACUCGAAUCUGGUUGGGAAGAAGUAUCUGAUCGUGCUGGACGAUGUUUGGGAGGAUAACCAGUGGAAUCAGAGGCUCGAUGAUGGGAAGGUUCAGCAGGAAAAGUCGCAUCUUUCUUGUGGGUUUCCUAAAGGGUUUGGUGGGAGAGUGAUUGUGACAAGCAGAGACGAGAAGCUGGCGAAGAAGAUAGUCGGAGAAGAAGAGAACCUGCAGCGUUUGUUCCCGAGAUCCGAUCCAGAGAGCGUGUGGGAGAUUUACAGUGAUGCAGUUGAAACAACAAUGAAAGUGGUUCCGAGGUAUCCAGUGAGAUUCAAACAAGAACUUAUGGAUAAGUCUUGUGGUGUUCCUUGGGCUGCUCAAAUGCUGGCGAAGAAAAGUCCUGUGAAAGUGGAUGAAGGAGAUGACAUGUAG